UUUUAUUAUUGUAAUAAGAGAAUUACUCAAAAUUGUACUAAAACUUUGUAUAAUUUAUAAGAAUGAUACUGAAAUCUGUUAUAUUAAUUGGAGGACCAUCAAAAGGUACUAGGUUUAGGCCUCUUUCAUUAGAUAUACCAAAACCUUUAUUCCCAGUUGCUGGAUUACCAGUAAUACAGCAUCAUAUAGAAGCAUGUUCCAAGGUGGAAAAUCUUAAUGAAAUAUUGAUAAUAGGAUCAUAUCUUGCAAGUGAUUUGUCUCAAUUUAUUCAGGAAAUGACAAAUACAUAUAAAAUAACUAUUAGAUAUCUUCAAGAAUUUAUACCAUUGGGAACAGCUGGUGGCUUAUAUCACUUUCGUGAUCAAAUACGCUCAGGUGGACCUACAUAUUUUUUUAUAAUGAAUGGUGAUGUAUGUGCUGAUUUUCCUUUGCAAGAGAUAGUCGAGUAUCAUGAAGAAAAACAAGCAUUACUUACAAUCAUGGCUAAUGAAGCUACAAGGCAGCAGUCCUUAAAUUAUGGAUGUAUGGUUCUUGAUAAGGAAGGAAAAGUUGCACACUAUGUAGAAAAACCAUCAACAUUUGUUUCAACUUUAAUAAAUUGUGGUAUCUACCUUUCUUCGCCAGAUAUUUUUCAGACUAUGGCUGAUGUCUUUUAUGCAGGACAAAGUCAAGAGAAUUUUAUACAGUUCAAUGGUAAUGGUAAAGACCCAGCUCAUAUAUCUCUUGAACAAGACAUAUUAAUGCGUUUAGCAGAAACUGGCCGUUUAUUUGCUUUACCUAUUUUAAAAUGGUGGUCACAAGUUAAAACUGCAGGUUCUGCUAUAUAUGCCAAUCGUCACUAUUUAGCUCUAUAUAAAGUAAAACACCCAACACGACUUGCUUCUACAUUUAAUGGACCUUGUCAAAUUAAUGGUGAUAUCUAUAUACAUCCUUCUGCUACUGUCCAUCCAACAGCAGUGAUAGGCCCAAAUGUAAGCAUAGGUCCCAAUGCUAUUAUUGCUUGUGGUGUUAGAAUAAAGGAGUCAAUUAUAUUAGCUAAUGCCCAUAUUCAGGCACAUUCCAUUGUAUUACACAGUAUAGUGGGCAAAAGUAGUUAUGUAGGAGAAUGGGCACGAGUAGAAGGAACACCAUGUGAUCCUAAUCCUAACAAACAGUUUGCAAAAAUGGAAAACUUACCUUUGUUUAACACUAAUGGGAAAUUGAAUCCUUCUAUAACAAUCCUUGGUACUAGCGUACGUUUGGCAGCUGAGAAAAUUGUAUUAAAUUCGAUUGUCUUACCACACAAGGAGCUGACUAGAAACUUUAAAAAUGAAAUCAUUCUUUAA